AAUCGAUUAAUGGCGCGUUUGUUAUGAAACAAAAUAAAGUUGAUAAAAUGAACUAAAUAAGUAAGAAUUAAAUGAUAAAAGCUCUGAUAUAUUUGAGAACACAAAUAUUAUAAAUAUUAAAACAAUUCUUUAAGUAUAAAUUAAUUAUUUUAAAUGUUGCCGAGUUAAUGUUAUGGAUGUCACUGUGACUGCUAAAUUCUGGUGAACAUUUUUCAUCCAUUACAAUCCAAAAACAUUAAAGAUCAAAUAAUAAGUCUAUAUAUUUCAAUGUCAAAAAUGGGAUCUUUAUCAAAAACUCUAUUCAUAGCCUUUGAAAUAGUAAACGAAUUGUAUACUGCAAUCGGUUCAGGAAUCCUGGGAAUGAUAGUGCUUCUCAAACAUGGUAUCAUUUCAAAUCAACCCCUCAAAACACUAUCAGUGUUAACACUUACAACAGUAAGUUUAGUUUUCAUAUCUCGCACAACUGAAAAAUUAACACCAUCUAAGAAAAAAGUGGUAUUGAUUACUGGUUGUGACUCAGGCUUAGGAUUUUCUAUAGCUCAACAUGCCUCAAAUAUGGGAUACACUGUCGUGGCAGGGUUUCUAAGUUUAGAAUCGAAGGGAUCUAAGCAAAUAAGGAAUCUCUAUGGCAGCAACAUUAUACAGAUUCAGUUAGAUAUAACGAAUCCCUAUAGCAUAAAAGCUGCUGUUGAAACAUUAGAACAUUAUUUAGAUCAAAAUGCUGAUUAUUCACUCCAUGCUGUAAUCAAUAAUGCUGGUGUUAUGGUUUUUGGAGAAUUCGAAUGGUUAACUGAUAGAUUAAUUCAACAGCAAAUUGAUGUUAAUCUAAUGGGAACUUUAAAAUUUACAAAAGCACUUUGUCCAUUAUUAAGGCAGUAUAAAGGGAGGCUUAUAACAGUUACAAGUCACUGUUCUCAAGCAACACUUCCAGGCCUAGCCGUUUAUGGAGCUACCAAAUCGGCAUUAACAGCUUGGAGUGAUGGAAUCCGUGUAGAGCUAGGAAAAUAUGGUGUAAAAGUAGUAACUUUUAUCCCAGGAUCAUUUACAAUGCAAAGUAACAUCAUGGCAAAUCAACUGCAAAACGUGCAAGAAAUGCACGAUAAUUUAACAGCUGAGCAACAUAAUUUUUACAGCGAUUAUUUCAAGAGAUACAAUAUCUAUUUGUCAGGCAUCAAACCACCAUCAGAACCAGUUAAAAUUGAGGAUAAUGUAAUGUACAGAGUGUUUGAGUGUACGCUUUUAGAUAAAUAUCCAAAAGUGAUAUACAAAUGUCAACCCCUACGUUAUGCUUUUUAUCAUACUCUAUUUAAGAUCAGUCCCUGGUGUUUGCGAGAUUAUUUUGUGACUUGUUUUAUGCAGAUGCCCAAAUAUAUACCAGUGGAGGAAAAGCCCAGUGAUGCAGACCUCGAAGAAUUUGAUGACUUGGAUGAUUUGUAAAUUAUAAUAACGGAAUAAAAUAUUUAUUUUGUGAAUUUAGAUAAAUUAUAACACUAAAUAAAUAAAUAAAAGUAAACUUAUAAA